CUUCAAGAGCAAUAGGCCUCCACAUGCAAAUAACUGACUUACAACCCUGUUACCUCUUCCCUAUUGCUUCAAGUUAACGAAAGGAACAUUAGGACAUACAGUUGCAAUUUGAUGAGAAAAAUGGGAUUGGAGAAGACUCUGGUUCUCGGGAUUUUCGUUGCCUUUGCAGCAGUUGGUGUUUCAGGCCACCCUGACUACCAGGAUGCUCUUUCAAAGUCUCUCAUUUUCUUCGAAGGCCAGCGCUCAGGAAAGCUUCCUCCAGGACAGAACUUGAAGUGGAGGGCUGACUCCGGGCUCACCGAUGGAUCGACAGAGAAUGUGGAUCUGACUGGUGGCUACUAUGAUGCUGGGGACAAUGUUAAAUUUGGCUUCCCCAUGGCCUUCACAACCACAAUGCUCGCAUGGAGCGUCCUCGAAUUCGGGAGAUGGAUGCCCAAGGAACUAGAUCAUGCUCGAGAAGCAGUGCGCUGGGGCACUGACUACCUCCUCAAGGCCUGCAGUGCUCUUCCUGAAGCACUUUACAUUCAGGUUGGCGAUCCAAAUACUGACCACAAAUGCUGGCAACGAGCUGAGGACAUGAGCACACCUCGGUCUGUCUACAAGGUCACCCCUUCAAACCCAGGCUCCGAUGUUGCAGCUGAGACAGCUGCCGCCCUCGCAGCUGCCUCCCUCGUGUUCAGGCGCGUUGAUGGGAAUUAUUCCAAGAAGCUUCUGCAGACUGCAGAGAAAGCCUUCACUUUCGCCGACAAUUACAGAGGAAACUACAGUGACUCCCUUUCUUCUGUUGUCUGCCCCUUCUAUUGCUCUUACUCUGGCUACCAAGAUGAACUUCUAUGGGCAGCUGCAUGGCUGCUCAUGGCCACGCAAAACCCUUCCUAUCUAAGCUAUGUUCAGUCUCUUGGCAUCAACUCUGACUCAGAUAUGUUUAGCUGGGAUAACAAGAUUCCUGGUGCUCGCGUGCUCCUGGCUCGGGAGUAUCUUGUCGAGAAGAACGAAGCAGCCUCAUCAUUCAAAGAGCAAGCAGAGAGAUUUAUGUGCAGCGUGCUACCAGACUCCUCAUCUCGGAGCGUCGGCUACACACCAGGAGGGCUAUUGUACAAGCUCAAUGGAAGCAACCUACAGUAUGUGACCUCUGUCAGUUUCUUACUAUCAGCCUAUGCCAAAUACUUGAAGAUCUCCAAACAAACUUUCAGCUGUGGUGAUAUGGUUGUCUCUCCAUCCAUUUUGAGGAAAGUAGCUCAGAAACAGGUGGACUACAUCUUGGGAGAUAAUCCAAGGGGGCUGUCAUACAUGGUAGGCUUUGGCAACAACUUUCCACAGCGCAUCCAUCACCGAGGCUCGUCGAUCCCUAGCAUUCGCUCUAACUCGCAGAACAUCGGUUGCGACCAGGGCUUUCAGUUUUACCAUGCCACCGAUGCCAAUCCAAAUAUAUUGACAGGGGCUGUAGUUGGAGGGCCUGAUCGGAACGAUGCAUUCUCCGAUGACCGGAGCAGCUAUGCUCAAUCAGAGCCAGCCACAUACAUCAAUGCUCCACUUGUUGGAACUCUCUCUUACUUGGCAGCUUGCUUCAAACCUUGAAAGAAGUUGUUUGUAGAUGACAUUUACUGAACUAUAUAGAAACUGUUAGCUUGGUGGCUACAAGAAUGCCUCAAAGUAACUUGUUUAAGUGUAUGUAUCUCCAGUCUGAAGGAGUUUGAAUCCUCUGCAACCCUAGCUGUUGGAGAUUUCCAAUGCUUAAGUAGAUGAAAAUAACAGGGUGUAUGAUAGAUAAUCCAUUCAUGUAGAUGGAAACAGGGAGAAAGUUGGUCAUGCUGCUCUGUGAAUGAACUCCAUGCGUAAUAAAAUGAUGCAAGAAAGCUA